CUACCCUGUCUCUCUCUCUCCGUUUCUCUUUCCGGUUUCUAUGCCAAACGCUAUGUUUUCAACUGGGGAUUCAGAUUACCUCCGAAUCCAAGUAUCUCGAAAUCCAACCUCUCAAACGAAUCCAAAAGCUUCAAAAGCUAUGUAAGUGACUUGGAGCUUGUAACUCUCUUUAAAGGGUGAAAAUUCCUGUCCCGAACAUCAUCGCCUCUAGGGUUUUCGGAGAAUGGCGAGUCGACCCAAACGAAAGUUGGAGAGGGAUUUGCAGAUGGUAGCAAUACCACUGGAGCCGCCUACGAAAACCAGUGCUCUCCCGCCGCUCCCGCUAACCUCUACUUCUGCUGCUGGGGCGGAAUCCAACGCCCUGGUGGAGUACAAGAAAGGCACCGGUCUGAAGGAGGACGACGAAGACCUGGAGGUGAAGCUGCGUCGGAUCAUUGACCACGUCCCUGUCCGUGUCAGCAACACUUCCGGCAGCUCCGCCGGUUCCGGCUCUGGCGACUUCCACCAGUAUCGGCAAAUGCGACGGAAAGAGCAAGAUCGGCUUGCGAGGAUGGAUGUAGACUACCAGAAAAGAAAAGAGAUUGCUGAGUUUUCUAUGAGAAGGGAGGAAAGAAUGAAAGCCGCGGAAGAACGGACUGCGAAGAAGAGAUUGAAACGCCAGAAGAAGAAGCAAAGGAAGAAGGAGAAGAACCAAAUGACUGCUCAAGGGGAAGAGAAACCUAAAGGAGAGUCUUCCAAUGACGAGGAUUCCGAUGAUGAAGAAGAGUUGAAAUAGGUGGGGCAUCUGUUCUCGGUGUGGUAGUGAUACCUUUUUGUCCAGGUCCCAGUUUGGAGUAGCCAUCAUUCAGUUAUGGGGCCUGUGAAUAUUUUAGCCAACUCAAAAUUUUGAUGGCCCACCUCCUGAAAGAGAAUAUAAGCAUCCACCCCCCUUUGGGCACACCCAGGAAGGCAUGGAUUGCUGCUGUAACUUGUGACUUGAAACAAAAGAUGGGGAGAGUGAGAUUCAGAAAGCGAUUAAAAUCAUUUCAGGAAGAGAGCAACGGUAUCUUCAAAAGAGGUCUUCUAUGUUCCUGUGAACUGUCUGAUUCAAAAUUGGACCAAUGGAACACGCAGAAAAAGAUCUAGGUCGACCAACAGGUCGGCCCUACUGUUAUGGAAAAUCCAUUUGCUGUCACUGAUUGGAUGAUGCUAAUCCUCUGGUUGGUAGCCUACUAAUGGACACUAAAAUAACAUCAAUGAUGUCUUAUUUCAUCUGGCCAAAGUCUUCUUCUUGGACGGUUAGGAUCAUCAAUGUGAUUUAUGAACUUCAAACCCUACAAAGAACAGUCCACCUAAGGAACAAUUUUGUUCU